CACCCUCACUCAACCUUUACUCAUCCAUCACUCCUUCUUCAGCAAAUAUUUCAUCGCCUUUUGUUCAAGACCGACAUUUUUCUUUUCACCUUGUAUCAUAACUUUCCCGACGAUCUAUUAGGUAUUGUCUUUGUCUUCCCGAUCCCGGAAUCACCGCAAACGGUGGAGGAGGCGUUACCCGACAGACUAAUUCGUCCAUUCUCUUGUGAAACCUCGGGCAGAACACAUCGUGUUUGCUCUCAUCACUCGGAUACACAGUGAGGGGGGAAAUUUUGGUGUCAAGAAUCGGUCGAUACUGGGAACGGCGGUAGACUGUAUCUUGCGUUGAGGAAUAGCAGGUCGAUUGGGUUUUGGUACAAGGCACAAUUGGUGCAGGUCGUGAAGAUUUCUCAUUCUCGCCUGAGUUGGACGUCAGAGCUCUCCCGAGGCCUGAUCUAUUACUUGUUUACCUUUUUUCUCAAUAUCAUCUCCCUUUGCCUUGGUUAUCUUUGACCUCUUGUCCCUGGAACAGAGUCAAUAGCACUUUUCACCAUUGCGCGCACCGCCGACUUGACCUUGAUAAGCCUCUUCAACUGGUAUCAACUACGCUUUCUGCCCCUGUGGCACUGCCGCCAUGGCAUCCUACGUGUAUUUCAAAUUCAAGUCACAGAAAGAACCACAACGCGUGACCAUUGAUGGCCCUCAUACCGAUGUUUGGAAUCUCAAACGUGAAAUCAUCAACAUCUCUCGCUUGGGCGACGGUACCGAUUUUGAUCUCAAGAUCUACAAAGAGAAUAGCAAUGAAGAAUACACAGAUGACACCGAGAUCAUCCCCAAAGAUUCGACGGUUCUCGCUCGAAGAUUACCGGCCGCCGCGCCUGGCAAAGGUCGUGCUGCUCGCUAUGUCUCUGGAAAACCACCAGUUAGCGCCAAACCCAGCUCAAGUGCACCGAAUAGGGCUGCCAAAACAGUGGAUUUGGACAAGUUCAUGACUGAAGAAGAGAGAUUGAAGGCGAUGCUGCAGUUUACUGACGCACAAUGGCAACAAAAGCAAGAAGAGAUGUCACACGAGACUAGAGCUGCUAUGCCCGGAAAAUCAUUCGCUAAAAAAGCCAACGUCCCGGAAGGUGAGCCACCACACGGCUACAUCUGCUACCGUUGCGGCAAGAAAGGUCACUGGAUUCAAGCUUGUCCCACGAAUGACGACGUAAAUUAUGACAACAAGAAUCGGAUCAAGCGCACAACCGGCAUUCCUCGGUCAAUGUUGAAGAAAAUUGAUCAAUCGGAUGUCGAUAAAUUGGAUGAUGCCGACCGACAAAAGCUUAUGGUGAAUGCCGAAGGAGAAUAUGUAUUUGCACAGGCAGAUGAAAAAGCAUGGAAGAAACAUUUGGAACAAGUCAAGGCUGCGGAAGCGGCUAAAGAGAAAGUACAAGUUGGCGACAAGGAGCUGCAAGAUCGAGGCCUGCAGUGCUCGAUCGACAAGCGCUUGUUUGUAGACCCAAUGAAGACACCUUGUUGUGGGAAGACAUAUUGUCAUGACUGUAUUGAAAAUGCCCUGCUUGAGAAUGAUCUUACCUGUCCCGGAUGCGAGACUGAGAACAUCAGCCUUGAACGGCUGGAACCUGAUGAAGACAUGAAGGCAAAGAUCAAGGAGUAUGAAGCAGAGAAGCAAAAUGAAAAACAACAGUCUAGAAGUCCUACUGCUACAGCAGAAUCACCCAAGGCAAACGGCUCUGUUGCCGGGUCUAGACCAACUUCACAAGCUGGUGCCUCACCUGUCUCGUCAAGCGCACAGUCCAAGAAACGGAGUGCGAGUGAAGUGAACGAUUCCAAUGUGUCGGGUAACCUUGACGUACCAGCGAUGAAGCGUCAGAAGUCUGGGGACGCAGUAGCAUCGGAGACCCCCAAGUCAGAAGCCGUCCAAACAACAGACGAGGACCAGGUCGAUUCAUCUGACGACAAGAACGAGUUUCCUGAAAAUAUGAUGCCCCCGGAUUUCUCGCAGAUGCAGAAUGGCAUGAACUUCCCUAUAAUGCCUGGAUUUAACCCUUUUAUGAUGAACCCCAUGAAUAUGGGAAUGGGAAUGGGAAUGGGCAUGGGUAUGAACGGCAUGAACGGCAUGAACGGCAUGAACGGGAUGGGUUUCAUGAAUCCGAAUUUCAACAUGAUGAAUGGUAUGAAUGGCAUGAACAUGUUUCAACCCGGCAAUAACGGCAUGGGUGGUUUCGGCGGUAAUCAACCCAUGCAAAACAAUAACUGGAACCAAAACCAAAACCAAAACCAAGGCUACGGACAGGGACCAAACUGGAGGAACAACAAUCGAGGUGGUUUCAAGCAACGAGGCGGCUUUCACAACAAUAACAAUAUUCAAAAUAAGCCAGCAACACAACCUGCCGGUAUGGCCGGUGUCCCCACGGGUCCAAAGUCGAUGAACCAAGGUGGUUACACACCGGCAGGACCGGCGGGUGGGAAGUUUGCAAAUCAGCAGCAUCAUGUCGGAAACGAGGAGGACAAUGCGUAUAUGCGACAACCAGUGAACCCUCAACGAUUUCAAAAUCGACAGAAACGGGCGAGGCAGGCCGACUAUAGGGAGUUGUAAUCGGGGACGGUAUGGGUCACAAACUUGGUCGUUCCUUUUGGAAGGAAGGGUGUUACCAGUUAUGAAGGACGAAGGGAAAGGUAGUUUACGAAGACCCCCGUCAUGAUACGUAAUGUGACCUCUCAUGCUGAAUGAUGGUGAAUGGGAUUUAUCAUAUUUGGCCAUGAACAAACUGUCUACACUCUAUGGGGUAGUGUGGUCAUCGAGGCGUCUUUGUUUUGUAGUCUAUAUUUUGACUCGGGGACACAGGCCCUGGGAGUCGAAGAAACAGAAUAAAAUACUGAUUCAAGACAAUCUCUUGUCUACAUUUCCAAAC